UGGCAACCCGUGCAGUGAUGUGAUGACGUCACCGGGAGGCCUGAGUGACGCAGUGUUGUGACGUCACCGGGCGCCUAGAGGAGACAGCCAUGUCGAGCGGGAUCAUCCAGACGCUGACCGAGCGCGAGCCGGUGCGGUUCGAAGUGGCCACGGAAGGCCUGGACGCUGCCGAGCUGCGCCUCGUCAAGCAGAUCCAGCAGGUGGCGGAGGAGGCGCUAUACCACUGGAAGACGUUCCCGCUGAUUCUGCCUCCCCCGGUGGCCGUGCAGCACCGUGACGUGGACUCGUCCUCGCUGGCCCGCCGGAAGCCGAUCGUUGUCAGGGACCUGUUCGUGGCGCCCUGCUUCGAUGAGCUGGAAGCGGUGGCCCUGGACUCUGGCGGAGAGCCGCGGAAGCUCAGCGCCAAGCAGCUGGCCUCCGUGCGCGAGUCCGGCAGCUGCAGCAAGGCCAAGGCGACGCCCCGGCGCCGGCUAACCGCGCAGCAGCUUCGUUCGAUCCGGCGGCGCGGUGAGUUCGAGGUGGAGUCGCUGAACUUCGCCGGCCAGGUGCACCGCUGGCGCCUCUCCGAGCUGCUGCAGAAGGGCACAGAGCGCUCCUACCUCAGCUACCUGGACGAUCUGGCGCUGGCACUCAGGUUCCUGAUCAUCACGGCGCGCGGUCGCGUGGGCUCCCACUUCUUCUCGCUGCGCCAGUCGCUGCGCGCCCUGCUUCGAGGUCUCGUGCUGCUCGUCGAUGUGUUCGCUGGCUUUCCGUCCCUGCGCAGCCGCAACCUGGACUCGAAGCUGCUGGAGGAGCGGUGCAAGUACCUGGUGGCCGAGCUCGUGUGUAAGCCGGAGCAGGAGGACGCGCUGGACGAGCUGUGCCACUACAUCCGGCGCCAGCUGGAGCGGCUGCGGCUCGAGAAGUACCAGCUGACGGAGCAGGGCCGGCCACCGCUGCUCUAUACCUUCCACACGCCGCACGGGCUGACGGUGGACCUGCGUCUGUUCAACAGGGAGCUGAUGAGGCGGGCGCUGCCGGUGCUGACGGCCAUCCUGGAGACGGAGUCGCGCGGCUGGUUCGUCCCCUUCCGCGAGCAUGUCAUCACCGAGCUGAAGGCGCAGGACCUGGAUGACGAUCAGAUACAGACGAGCGCCAGCCGCGCGGUGCAGGACGAGUACCUGCGGCGGGUGCUGGCGGCGGUGAGCGCCAGCCCGGAGUUGGCCGAGCUCGAGGACGGCCUGACGGCGCUGCUGGUGGAGAACGCCCAGUCGGUGGUGCUGAUGCACAGGGCCGUGGAGAACGUGUCGCGCAAGCUGGAGAGCUUCCAAAAGGGACUGAGUCACUACCUGGAGAGCCACCAUCCGGUCCGGUGGCGCAUCCCGGCCUGGGUCCGACACCAGUUCAGGACGGCAGAGAGCCGGUUCGUACUGGAGCACCAGUGGAGCGCGCACGAGGAGGCGCUGGCGCUCUGUAAGGAGCACGGCCUGCACCAGACGGCUUACUUUCUGCUGCGCGACCUGGCCUUCAUGAAGGAGCGUGAGCCGGUGCUGCUGAAGGAGCUGCGGCGGGUGAAGGCGCCGACGCGGGUGUUCGAGUGGCGCACCCACAUCUGGCUGUGGUCCAACUGGACCGUCUACAGGAGGUUCCAGGGGGACAGCAAGGCCAUCCCCACCGUGAUCUCGCAGACCCCGACCAGCAUCACCAACCCCCGCAACAAUCCCAACGAGCCGGUGUUUUUCCUGGAGAAGGACGUGGUGAGGACGACCACCACCAGGUGGCUCUUCUGGCGCUGGGCCAACUUCCUGCACCGGCUCUGGAGCUGGGGCUCCAACGGCAUCUACCUGCUGGGGGUGGUGGUGCCCUGGAGCUCGCCGCUCAGCCUGCGCGCGCUGCUCUGCGUGGAGCCCUUCACCCCGCACCUGGAGCUGUCCCAGGUCAACGGAACGCUCUGCCCAAGACGGUCGUCCCUGACGCCAACCCUGACGUCUCGUUUGCUCUCGCUCUGGCGGCACAUCUCCAAGAGCCGGACAGAGUUCGAGACUAGGCCCGACACAGGCUUCAUCGGCAAGGACAUGACGCGCCACCUGAACCGGGUGUGGAACUACGUGCUGAAGGGCGUGCUGGGCACGCUGCUGAUGGUGCUGGUGUUCCCGGCCAGCUGCCUGCUGGUGUCGCUGGGCAGCCUGCUGCUGGCCGCCGCCGUCCCGCUCUGGGUGCCGGUGGCCGUGCUGCUCUGCCACCUGUUCAUGGUGCUCGGCUACGACCUGGACUCGCCGUCGCCGGAGCGCAACCGCUGGUGUGUCGUGCUCGAGGCGCUCGUCUGGAACAUCGGCGUGCUGGGGAUCCUGCAGCCGGUGGCGGCCGUGCUGGUGGCUGGGCUCGUCUGUCCGCUGAUCGCGCUCGUCAUCCUCGUCUACGGCUGGCUGCGCUGGGGCCUGCGCCGCCUCUGGGACCGGGUGUCCUAUGACGUCAUUGUCAGCCGGAAGGGGCGCAUCCCGUGCUCGGACAGCUUCCUGGUGACGCGGGUGCACGGCCCCGGCCUGUCGUCUGAGUACUUCCUCCAGAUCCGACCGGAGCAGGCGCUGGCGGCGUUCGAGGCGCGUCUGGAGGCGGACGAGCUGCUAGCCUUUCAGCAGCAGACGGAGCGGCGCAUCCAGCAGCCGCAGCAGGCCUUCAGCCAGUUCGUGCAGCGGCUGCUGGCGCCGUUCUCCGUCCAGCUGUGCCGCGAGGGCGUCUACGGCCAGCUGCACGCCGAGGGGCAGCAGCUGACCAACACCCUGCAGGAGAGGAUCGAGAAGCGGCUACACGACCUGCAGACGGGCCUGACGCCCGUCCAGCGGCGUAAGGUCAAGAUGGCGCCUCGCGACCUCAAGCUGGCGCUGGUGGCUGGCGCCCGCCUGCUGGAGGAGUUCUACCCGCGGCACGUGCUGGCGCGUCUGCCGGUGAGCGCGGCCGAGUUCUGGGAGGGUCGCGCCCUGCCCGUGGACGACUGGGCCGGCCUCUCGGCGCUGCUGCUGACCGAGGUCUUCAGCGGCGACGUCCUCACGCCCAUGGAGGAGGCCGACACGCGCUUCUACCUGGAGGUGCACCGGGUCAACCUGACCCGGUACACGGAGCUGCUCCGGGCCGCGGCCGCCGCCGACGCGCCGCUAGCGCCUGCCGUGCAGACGGCCAAGAACAUCCAGGUGGCACCACCGUCGCUGGACGUGGGCUGCUUCUCUCCGCUCAGCCGGCAGCGCCAGGCGACGGCGCGCAGCCAGCGGCGCACGCGGCGGACGCUGCGGCCGUGGAAGCGGCGGCGCCACACGCCCUACACGGCCGAGAAGCUGCCGAUCCCGCUGCCGGUGCCGCACCCGGCGCGCAUCGCCGCCAUCGUCUACAACCGCGACACGGACGAGCCGCUGCCGGCCGACGGCGAGCCCUGCCAGCUGGUGUUCGCCGCGCUCGAGGGCACCGACGGCACCGCGCGCACCUCCUCCACUGGGAUGGUGGAGCGAAGCUCGCGCUGGAUGCCGUUCCAGACGGCCGCCGGCUCCGUCACGGCCCUGUACAAAGAGUCAAUGGACGGCAUCCGGCGGUGUACCGAGCUGGGCGUGCUGCACGGCCAGCAGCGGCGCACGCGCGACCUGGCCACCUUCCUGCGCCGGCGACGCCUCAUCCGUCGCGAGGAUCUGCUGGCCUUCCUGUGCGGCAAGCCGCUGCCGCCGGCGCUGGCCGGACGUCACGGUCACAGGUCGUCGCCGCGGCCUCACCUCGGCCUGGUGGACCGGACAUCACCACGUCUGGGCGGCGCGUCCAUCCUGGUGACGGCCUCGCCGGCGUCGACGCAAGCUGCCGACGGACUGCAACCGUUCAGGGACGCUCUGGCCCUCUCCAGUGAGUUCAGGGACGCUCUGGCCCUCUCCAGCGGCCCUUCGAACUAA